CUCUCAACGCGAUCGGCGUGCACCAGUGUUGCUCAAAUUCAAUCCUGCGCCCAACAUAGCAAGGCAUCGCCCCCACUAUCUCCCGAGUAUAGUACACUACCCCACACCACCCCCACCACAUUAUCAUCAUCAUCCCCAUGCUUGCGAUGCUCUCCAACGAUUCCAUGUACCACGCCCCGUUGUCGCCAGGACAAACCUCCACGGCUAGUUCCGACUCGAGCGGGGCGGCGAGCCAACGCGGCUUUUCACGCAUGUUGCAUGGCUCGGACGCGGUGCCGUCGUGCCACGUAUCUCCAGAGCUCAAGUGCCAGUACAAGACGGGCACGUGUACCAACGAGCGCACGACGAAAAAGAACGGCAAGUUGCUCAUGCUGUGCGAACUGCACCGCAAGAAGCAGAACGAAAUCAAGAAGCGCAGCGACCGCAAGCAGAGCGCCAUGCGCAUGAACCGGCGGCUCGAGGCCAAGCAGAAAGCCAUGGUCGAUCCCCGCCAGGACAAAGCCAAGUCGUUCAAACAGCGGGUGCCCAAGUUCGAAGAGCUCUUGUCGUGUGAUCCAAGCCACAUGUGGGACCACCACAGCCAUCACCAAUACUACCACGACUCGUCGGCGGUGACCCUGCCUCGGGUCAACGUCUGGCGCACCAAAGACGGCAUCGCCACCAGCAUACCUGGUCUCCCCCCCAGAGCAUUUGCCUUCCCAACCCCCUACUCCCCCUCGGGCCACCUAUUCGAUUGGAGCGUGGGGCCGCAGCAGCUUGCGACGGGGAACGUCACUCCUCGAGGCAACGACCUCGCCAUCCUCGAGUUCUUUCUCGACGAUUAACGAACGACCUCCCUCCACCCACUGUACUAGUCUAGUAUCCCCCUGUAGUCAUCGAGCUUGUGUUUCCCGCUAAUUAUUAAUUGCAUCUCGAGUAGUA